CGUCAGUUGCGACUGAGCGCGCGCCAUGGUGGGCGAGCUUGUUCUAGAGAGACGAGAGGCAGCGCCGGCCUGCAGCAAAAUGCGGAAUGAAGCUCACACAGAUCUUCCGCAUCGUGUCUGGUUUUCACAUAGAGGCUGCGCAAAACGGGCCGGGUCAAUUGCUCACCUACAAAAUGCAAGUUAUUUUCGGCCCGCCCGCGAUGGACAAUUUCGAAGGUGAUACUCGCCACCCAAACUUUUGAGUCGAAGUGGACUGGCAGCCCCAGCUGGACGGGAACCAAGCACCAACUGCGGUCCCUCCUUGCGAGGAUGGAUACCGCCACGCUUUCUCUUCUUUUGUCCCUCGCGAGUCGCAGUCCGCGCGCACGUGCAAACACUUUUGAAUUCUCAUGCCGGCAGUCACUGAGUCAGCUCCAGCGUCAGAGCGAAUGUCACACUCGUUGCUGGCUGCCGUCUCCGCGGCUCCAACGGACUCCACCCCGAGAUGGAGUGGUGAGACUUUGAACAAGUUUGUUAUUGAUAAUCGGAAAAUGAAAAACCCUGAUUUACUGCUGCAGCCGCGAUUGGUGCCCUCGACUCAUGAGUAUCGAGUCGCCCAGCGAUAGAAACAGCGUGCGGUUCUCAACAAUAUUGUUGUAUGGGCCAAACGGGUUGCCAACACGUGCCACCGGCAGGUCCCAAACGCAGCGCAGCACGACUCGGUAGUCAAGCAAAGAUCGGGCUGCAUGUUGCAGUUGGAACCAAAUCACGAGAUAAGUAGCCACUGGUCGCCAAAGACGCUGCGCCAGCCAUCUUGCUCAUGUUUCCAAGCAGCGCUGGGCAACGCGGAAGCUCCACAGCGGAACACGGCCAGUCAUACUCCUGCCCCAACACAGCGUGAAGAUUCGUCACGCCCUUGGUUGCACUCUCCUCAAUGCGCCGUAGCACGAGUACUGUACACUCGUCUUGCAACGUUGCGUCAAGGCUGCGGACCAAGCGACUGAUGCCUCUGAUAUUAUCAGGCUUGCGCUUGCGCAUCAACUGUUUGACAAGCUUAGUGUGGCGCACAAAAAAUCGAAGCGCCUUGAUUGUAAGACGCGGCGAAGAUCGGUAGGCGAUACAUGUAAUAGCUGGACGUUGGGACAGACGAGUGGAGACCGAGUCAUCGCGAAUGCCAGGCCAGAAGGGGCCCACGCCUAGGUUGGCGUGACGCCAAGCCUACCCGACUGCAAUGAUCUUAAGGACCACAUAUACCAGUAUUGAGUGACUUCAGCGACGAACCACCGAAAUGGUGUUUUGUACACCAUCUGAUGUUUUUAUGUAACGUGGUCCACAUCAUUUGUUCGGUGUUGCGCUCCGCCACACAGUUCAGGCAUCACUUCAUACCUGUACGACAUCAUGUGGCUCCGCCGGUCUUGCCUACCUGCCUUGGCGCGCGCGCGCUCGAGUCAGCGCUCAUUCCUCCAGCGCAACAUGCCCGCUGUGGCACGCGCCUUUUCCACGGAUUAUUCGGCUAUCACGGCCAAGAAUAUCCGCAAUGUCGCCAUUGUCGCACACGUCGAUCACGGCAAAACAACGUUGGUUGACCAGCUUCUUAAGCAUGGCGGUACUCAACUCGCAGAAGAAAGGGUUAUGGACUCCAUCGACUUGGAGCGGGAGCGUGGAAUCACUAUCAUGUCCAAGUGCACCCGCGUCGAGUACAAUGGUCACGUGCUCAACAUCGUUGACACACCCGGUCACGCUGACUUUGGCGGUGAGGUGGAGCGUAUUUUGAGUAUGGUGGACGGCGUGGUGUUGGUCGUGGAUGCUACAGAAGGACCUAUGUCGCAGACCAAGUUCGUGCUAACUAAGGCACUUCACCGUGGACUCAAGCCGCUCGUGGUUGUCAACAAGGUGGACCGUGACACUAGCCGCCUGGACGGUUCGGUGGAGAACGAGCUCUUCGACAUGUUUGUAGCGCUAGAUGCUGACGAUGACCAGCUAGAGUUCCCCGUGCUGUACGCCUCUGCCAAGCAGGGCUGGGCUGUGCACGACCUUGACAACUCGGACGAGUCGCGUGACAGUAUGCUGCCGCUUCUGGAUGAGAUUACCCGCUACGUUCCUGCACCUGACGCCAAUGCUGACAAGCCAUUCGCCAUGGCUGUUACUAUGAUUGGCCACGACCCGUACGUGGGCCGUCUGGCCACUGGCCGCGUCCACGCCGGAACUGUUAAGAUUGGCGACUCGAUUCAGGUGAUGAACCGCGAGAGCAAGAAGCUCGAGACCGGCCGAGUUACAAAGAUGUUUGUCACGCGUGGUGUUGCCAAGUCGGAGAUCACGUCGGCCACGGCUGGCGAUAUCAUCACCAUCGCUGGUGUCAACGCUUACGUGUCCGACACAAUCGCUGAUGUCUCUGUGACGGAGCCCAUUCCGUCGCCGCAGCUGGAUCCUCCCACGAUUUCCAUGACGUUUGGUGUGAACGAUGCGCCGACCGCAGGCAAGGAAGGCAAGUUCCUCACGUCUUCUCACAUUAAGCAGCGUCUUGAGCGCGAGUGCGAGAACAACGUGGCCAUCUCCAUUUCUCCCAGCGCAUCGUCGGAAGCUUUCGACGUUCACGGUCGUGGUGAACUUCAGCUCGCUAUUCUGAUUGAAGAGAUGCGCCGCGAGGGCUUCGAGAUGUCCGUCUCCGCUCCUCAAGUGCUUUUCCAGACGGACCCGGAGACCAAGCAGAAGCUGGAACCUAUUGAAGAAGUGACGAUCGAUGUUGACUCCGACUUCUCCGGCACCGUUAUCGACAAGCUGUCUACUCGUGGCGGUGAAAUCAUCGAGUUCAAGGAGAUGCACGACAAAGUGCGACUUCAGUUCAAGAUCCCCAGUCGUUGCCUCAUGGGCUACCGCAGUGAGAUCAAGACCGACACGCGCGGAAGUGGUAUUCUGAACUCGAUCUUCCACGGCUACUCCCCAUUCCAAGGCUCGGCAACCCCUCCGUCCAAGGGCAAGCUUAUCUCCUCAUCUGGAGGCGUGUGCACGGCCUACGCUCUUAACUCGCUGGAAGACCGCGGAGAGAUGUUCGUCAAGCCUGGCGAUGAAGUGUACGAGGGAAUGAUCGUGGGUGAGCACAGCCGCCCCACGGACAUUGAGAUCAACCCCACCAAGGAAAAGAAGCUCACGAACAUGCGUGCGGCCGGUACGGACGAGAACAUCAAGCUGUCCCCCAUCCGCCAGAUGUCACUAGAAGACGUAGUCACCUACAUCGGUGAGGACGAGAUGAUCGACGUGUCUCCUAGCAAAAUCCGCAUGCGAAAGCGUGAGUUGACUGCCAACGGCCGCAAGCGAAUGCAGGGCAAGAAGAAGUAAGCCGGGUCAGCAGCAGAGCUUGACGGUCUUUUCCGACAGCGUCCGUGGCGGGCUCCGCUGAAAAUCUGAGCAAUUCGUAUUCAUAUAGAGGCAACAGUAGAAGACAUAGAGCAACUAGUGUAGAUGCUUGCAAUGAGGACGUAUCUCUUUCUUUCGUUUAGCUAUUCAAGCUCUCCAAGUUGAAGUUCUUAAGUCAUAUAAGCGCAACAUUGUCAUUCGCA